UAAGAAGAUGACCGAUAUAAAUUACAAGCUACUCCGAUGCUGAUCAUGUACAUAUAUGAGACAAUCCUCCAAUUUCUGAACUCGAUCGUUCCAAAGAAAUACUCUCUCACAACUCCUCUUCAUCGAUCGAUCCUCUCAUAUAGUCAUAUAUGGCGCCAAACAGAGAAAGUAUGAUUGGUUCAUACUGUAGGAGUGAAAAUCAUGUCCAUGAGCCAGCAGCAAGGCUUUCGAUGGAAAGUCUCCAAAGAACAAUCUCGGAUAUCUCAUCCGAGAUAAGCAAAGAAGACAUUAACGCAUGCCUCCUCCCGGCCAUAUCCGAGGUCGAGGAUGCCAAGUGCGAGUGCUGUGGCAUGUCGGAAGAGUGCACCCGCGAGUACAUAAAUUGCGUGCGUGACAAGUUUUCAGGCAAGUAUAUUUGUGGGCUGUGCGCUGAGGCUGUGAGCGAAGAGAUGGAGAAGAAUGGAGGGAAAAGAGAGGAGGGUUUGAACGAGCACAUGACUGCCUGUGUGAGGUUCAACUGGAUUGGCAGGAGUUAUCCUGUUUUGUACCAAGCAGAGGCCAUCAAAGAGAUUUUGAAGAAAAGUUCAAGAACUAGAUCAGCCAAAUCUACGAGCCCUAGAGAUCACAAGGGUGGGAUUGAAAGGAGCUUCAGUUGUAUUCCGGCCAUCACAAGGGAGAUAGUCGAUAUAUAGUUGAUCGAUAUGAUGAUCGAGCUACUUAACUUUUUAAUUAAUUAGGGUUAAUUACCUAGCUAUAUUAUAUAUAUUCUCUCGUAAAUUGGUACGUACGUACGUACUCCUUUCGCUUUGUACACUGUUUAGAAACUCCCUCCAACUCCCUAGCUUCCCCCCACACUUUAAUUGUCCCUUCCCCUGUCAGUACCCAGUCAAUACGGAUAUGUAAUUGUGGUCUGGCAUGUCCUGUUUCCCAGACGAGGAGAUUCAAAUUUGUGUUUCUUCAAGAAGCUAGCUUCAGUUGGGUCAUUACCCCUUUUUACUCCGAAUCCAAAAACACCACUCUCAUUUUACCACAGUGCCUAGACCUCCUUACCCCAGAAAAUGCGAAGCACGCGUAUCUCCCUCCUGUCCGCAUCUCUGUACGUAUACCAUGCAGGUGGUAAUUUGCCGUACUGACCGGGUACUGACAGGGGAAGGGACAAAGGUGGGAGGGAGUUUCUAAACAAUAAUAUCCUCAACUUUGGUACGUACAUAUAUGCCAUGCGUAAAGAAGAGCGGUGUUUUGUUUUUAUGAAUUAAUGAUAAACACCUCUGUAACAUGA